AUGAGAUACAUUGAGAGAGAUUUCGAUAAAAUGGCAAGAUAAAUGCUAGCAUCUCAAUUGGGUGGAUUUAAGCAGCUUGGGACUAAGGAAGACUUUGGAGAGUUAGCUGACAUGGAUGAAGAUGAGAAAAAUCUUUAGGAAGUAGACCAGAAAAAGCACAAAUAUUUGCAAAGACAAAGAGAGGUCUAGAAUGAGAAAGUGGUGGAUGGUGUAAGACUUAGAACCUACAUCUACGAGUCAGUCAAGGACAAGGAUGGCCAACAAAUUCCAUAUAAAAAGAUUGAAGUUUAAUGCCAACCUCCCUGCGAUAUAAAGACUCUAGAAUCUAAUUCUAAGUUGACUGAAAAUGCUGAUGAAAAAGAACAAAAUAUACUAACAUAAUUCCAUAAAGAUGCUAAGGAAAAGGGCAUUAAGCCUAAGAAAAUACAGAGCUUCAAGAAUGUAAUAGAGUAUGAUGAGAAUUCAAAGAAGAACAAGUACAAAAUAUCUGUGAAUUUCCUAGACGAGGAUGAGGAGAGAAUGUAAUACAAAUUUAGCAAAAAUGAGGCAGGAGAGACUAAAUCUAAAGUGUAUGCUUUAGCUGGUGAUGAUAAUUAGCAAAAUCAGUCAACCAGAACCUAAGGAUUCCUUAAUUGGUGA